GAGUGCUUCCGUCGCCCUACGUCAGCCAUCGCCUUAUUCACACUAGAUAUCCUGUUUCCUCUCUGCCUGUCAAGAAUCAGACAUAAAUACACCUCUCUUCCCAUUUAGACCACCUCUUCCUCAAAAUACCCUCCUAUAACCGCCUUCCCUUCCGACCCUCACAAUGUCACAACCACCCACCAACACAAACAGCCACAAGAUGUGGGAUAAAACCAAGACCUACGGCAAGAUGGGUUUCGACAAAGCCUGGGGCGCCCUCGACAAGCUAGGCGCCCCCGUCAACCGACUCAGCAACAAGCUGGGCUCCGAAGCUUUCUGGCCCAUGACCCUCGACAAAGAAAGCGAAAAGGUCGCCCGCAUUCUCCGCAGUUUCUGUAAAGAUGGAGUCUACGUGGACGAGCCAGCUGCGGACACUGCGCCUCCUGUCAACAGCAACGACGCAUCAUCAUCGAAACAGAAAAUCGACAAGCCGCGCGGAAAGCAAAAGGUGUUGAAGAAGAUCCCCUCGGAAGUGAUCCGGCAGGCAAAGGGAAUCGUCGUGUUCACGGCCAUGAGAACGGGGUUGUGGUUCAGUGGAGCUGGUGGCAGUGGCAUCUUGAUCGCCCGGGUACCGGAGACCGGGGAAUGGAGUGCCCCUUCGGGAAUCUUGUUGCAUACGGCUGGUUUGGGAUUCCUUGUUGGUGCAGAUAUCUACGACUGCGUGAUGGUUAUCAAUACCUACGAGGCGUUGGAAGCAUUCACCAAGGUCAGAGUGACCCUAGGCAGCGAGAUUACUGUUGCUGCGGGCCCGAUUGGCAUGGGCGGGGUGUUGGAGUCGGAGGUGCACAAGCGCCGGGCGCCGAUUUGGUGCUAUGUCAAGAGUCGGGGUUUCUACGCGGGGGUGCAGAUUGAUGGAACAAUUGUUAUUGAACGAAAUGAUGAGAAUGAGAGGUUCUACGGUCGGAAGGUUCCUGUCAAAGAGAUCCUGACGGGACAUGUGCGCACGGAUAACCCGUCCGUGCGAAUGUUGACGCACACCAUUCGUUCCGCGCAGGGUGAUGCGAACUUUGACCAGGCUCCUGCUGGAGUGCAAGCGCCCAUGGGACCGAGUCCUAGUGAUUAUGCACCUGAGGAUCUUCAGCAUACUCAAAUGGUUCAUACUGGGGCGGCUCCAGGCGAGGGAGCACCAUAUCAACCAGGUCCUCAAUAUCCGCCUAGGCCCGAGUCUGGUUCUGGUCCGCAGUAUCAACCCGGGCCCCAGUACCAGUCUGGGCCUCAGUAUCAGCAGGGACCUCAACAAGGCCCUGGUCCGCAAUACCAGUAUCACGGUGAUCCGCAGUACCAACAUGGUGCCCCAAAUCAGUCGGGUCCUCAAUAUCAGCAACCGGGUGCGCCAUACCAGCCUGGUCCCCAGUAUCACCCGGGUCAUCAGUAGCCUUUCGGCUGCGAUUGAUGAAAUGCGCCCGCAACAUAUCCUUAUAUCUGCUUCUUCCAGCGAGCCAACCUGAUUAGAUGCCCUAUUGUUAGAACACCCAAGAUAACGAAUCACGAUUGACAAAGACGUUCCAUAUCAUAGAA